AUGGGCCCGCCAUCGUCCACGACGGCGCCGACGCCCCCAGCGACGACGACGAACGCCCAGCGCGCCUACAAGGGCAAGGCCACCCGCUCGUGGCAGCAGUUGCCCCCGGAGCUCAUCAGGCUCGUCGCGACUCAUUACCUACUCGAAGUCUCCGCGCACAAUCAUUGCCCGCACGCAUGGGAGCCUCGCGAGCUGUGGCCGUACCGCAUGGUCUACGCCUGCCUGCGCGACGCAAACGAGCUCGAGCGCCUUAUGCAGAUUUGCCCGCCAUGGGCGAGCGCUCUAUCCACACAUCUAUUCUGGCAAACGGCCUGCGCGAUCAUCGACCCGAACGAUGUCCUAGCCCGACACGCCUACAUCCAGCCGCCGUCCAACGCCUCGGCCACAGCCGUCGCUAUCCGCCACGCCCCGCACCGCCAUUUCCGCAACAUCACCUCGUAUUCCUGCCUCGUCUGCCGCGUCAACUACCCCUACGCGAACAACGGGCUCGCGCUCGGCAAGAAGUGCGCCUUCACCCCGACGUUCGGCAACAUCAGUGUCUGCCGCGACCACAAAAAGAACGCGUUCUGCUCGCUAUGCCUCCGUCAAGCGACCGUGCCUGGCGCCGCCGAGGUCGAGCUCGACAUGCACGCGAUGUGCGCGGAGAACGAGGACGAGGAGACGUGGCCCCAAGCCGAGACGACGUGCCGUAGCUGCCGAUACGAAGCGCUUCUCCGUCGCGUCGCACCAGACCCGGUCAAACGUGAAGCCACGGGUUACCCUAGAUGGGACUCGGUCGACUGGGAAACGCGGCAGACCAUCGAGGCGUUCAUCGACAUGGGCGAGGGCAACAUCACGGAGGUGAUCGCGCUUGCUAUGGAGAAGCACUGGCUCAGGCGGUUCACCAAGAUCGCGGAGUUCCUCUCGCACGCGGUCGCCGCGAACAAGCUCGCGUCGCGCGAAAACGGCGCGAACUAUGAGAGCGAAGACGAGUACAGCGACGAGGACGACGACGAAGCGUUGCACAUAUCCGAGGACGCGGGUGGCAUCAAGAUGCUCGCCAUCGAUGCUUGGGCACGCCGCCGCGUGCUGGAUGGCUACUGGUGCAGUCCGGCAGACCAAUGGUACAACAUGAUACCCCGCGACAAACCGGUAACCCCAGCGGAACACCCUGCUUCAUGGUCAAUAUCAUACGACUCCGAAGAUGACCCUGACGCCCCGCACCCCCUACCUGAGACAGUUGGCGUCGAGACCCCUCCUACGUAUGGACUCUGCGAGCAGGCGCAUGGUGCAUGGCAAAGACAACUGCGUAACGUUCUCCUACCGGCCAUGAACAAUAUUGUUCGGCGAUUGGUUAUCGAAUGCACAGCGGACGGCGUCGACGCUGCCCUAAAAGCCUCGAAGAUGACGCUUGACGAGGUGGUCGCCGAGUUGCGGCGCGAAGAAACUUGGUUCAACGGCAUUGACUGGAGCCAGCGCCGAUUAAACGGGCGCAAAGAGCAGCGCGAACGCGAGAGGCAAGAGAGGGCCCGACGGACGAAGGAGGAGGACGAGCUCAGCAGCUCGUCAUCAGGCAAAUCAGAGGGUUCACACACGACGAGCCCCGUCUUAUCGACGUCCACUUUGCAGACGACACCGUCUCCACCGCCAGCCGAGGACAAGAAAGACGAGGACGAAGAAGAGGCGCUGAGAUCGCCCGCGACAUUCCCAAUUCCGAUAUCUCCUGUACUGGAAUCGCCCGUGCUAUUACAUGCGAUCCCGUACGUGCCUGUCAGCGCCACAGAUCUCCCCCAGUAUGCAAGGGAAUCACUCAAAUCGAUCUGGCGCGAGGCUUGCGCCCCGUUAUACCACUGCCGAUGCCGCAUUUGCGAGCGCGCCGUCUCCAACGCGAAUGUCGCAGCAGGGACAGUUGUGCCCACCCAGACGCCUCGUGCGCCGCAACCGCAGAUUGUGCUCGAUGAUGCGCCCUUGACCGCAGUGAAGGCGGUCGAGAUACCGGCGAUGGACGCAUCGUUACUGCUGGCACGCCAAGAGGCCGCCAUCGAUCUAGAAAAAUCUGAGACGGCGAGAAAGUUGAAUGAAAUCGCGAGAAAGUUGGCGCAAGAUAACGAAGAAAAUUCGUUGAUCGCAGUGCAAGGGGUCGAGCUAGAAGGAUUCGAAAUGGAGAUAAAGUUGAAGGAAAUCGCGAGGAAAUUGGCGCAAGAGGAAGAGGAAAGUUCGGAUCUGGAGGAAGACGUGCGGACGGAUGGAACCGAUGCGUCGAACGUCAUUCCGAGAAAACGGAGUUCCCUUCAUCUCGAUGCCGAGGUUGAAGAAGACGGGCAAGAGGAUGACGACGACUCGCAUCGGACCGUACAUUCCCGAGCCGGGACGCCGCCCAAGCGUGUGCGGCUCCAAGGUGCUUUCACGGGUGCCACGAAAGAUAGAUCACCUCGCCGUAAGCGUUCUUCGGAGGAAGUGGAUGAUGAUGUCGCCUACGCGAGCGCAGACGAGCAAGGGCGUCGAUCAUCAUCGAAGAACAGCUACAAACGUGCCAGGACGGAGGACGGACGGACUUCGCCGGUGUCUAGCGAGGCGGCCUCUCCGCCUCAGACAUCGACGCCCGGUCUGGCGGAGUCGGAGGAAGACCUGGACAUUGUUGCUGUCGAACCUCUGUCGGGGAAGCAUGAUGGUACACAUACCCCUCGAACGCACGAACAGCCCAGUGUCCUCCAUUCUCCGGUACGAACGCCUCGCGCGCUAUCUACGGCGCCUCCGGUCGCCAAAGCCGACCGAUAGACUAGCUUACGUCCGCCCAAUCGUUCAGCGCGCCGAUCUGCAUCCAGGAAGAAGUGUUCGAUUAUCCUUGUAGCGACAAAGGCGUCUGCCACCUCUCCCGCGCAAUGACCCCACCUAUGCCCCCCAUCCUCUUCGUCUUCGCGGCCUAGUUCUGUUUUUGUUUUGUAAAAGCCAUGUCUCAGGACAGUGUAUUAUAGCUACC